AUGGCUCUCCCACGAAUCGGUCAGGUCACUCAUCUGAAGCCCCACAAUGUCGCCAGCAGCCAGGGCAAGCACACCACGGGGGUGCAUCCCAAGCGCAAGAAGGACAUCCGCUGCAAUGCUGCGGCCGUGCUUGAGGCGCGGCCGCUGGUGUCCUGCGACGGAGCUUCGAGUGCGACCGCGCCCAGCAUCCCGGUCUCUGUGCCCGUCAGCGCCGUGAUUAGCGGCCCUGAGGCCGUCCUCGCUGUGUGGACGGGCCCACGUGCCCACCCAGCGUUGUCGGAGGAUGGUGCGCUGUCGACGCCCACAUCGCCCAGCGCAGUCACCAGCGGCGGCGGCGUCCUGCACAUUGGCGACAUCCCCCUGCUGGCCGCGCCGGCUCAGGAUGCCGCCAACGUCGAGCAGGACGCCAGCCAUGAGGAGGCACUCGAGGUGGAGGAGCGCGGCACACCCGCCGCGCCGCCGCAGCAGACGGUUGCGCGCGCGCAUGUCGUUGCUGCGGCUGCCGUCGCGGCUGCCGCCAAUCAGGCGUCGACUGCUGCGCAGCGCGGGGGCCCACCCGCCCCAAGCAGCAGUAUGUACAUGGCGGGUGUUGCGGCGGGGGUCGCCGCCGCGACUCUGGUCGUGCAGCAGCAGCAGGCGCAGCAGCAAGCACAGCAGCAGGCGCAGCAGCAGGAGCAGCAGCAGCAGCAGCAGCAGCAGCAGGAGCAGCAGCAGCAGCAGCAGCAGUCGCAUGCUUUGCAGCAGGCACAGAACCAGGUGCACCAGCAGCAGCAGUAUUACCCUCAGCAGCAAGAGCAGCAGGCGCAGCAGCAGCAGCAGCAGCACCAGUACCAGUACUGGGACCCAAUGCAGCAGCAGGCGGCCGCCGCCGCCGCCGCAGCAGCAGCUCAGCAGCAGCACGGCCAGGGCUACUACCCCGGCGGCCCCCUGCCGCGUGCGCCCUCUGGCCCUCAGCAGCAGGCGGUGUUCUACGCGCCUCCCCACUACUACGCGCACCCCCACCUUCCGUACGGCUACCCUGUGGGCGUCCUGCCGCCCCACAUCCAGCCAGCGCCGGGGUACGCGCCCUACGCUGUGCCGCACCCCCACUACGAGUUUUACCCCCACCCCCAGCAGCAGCAGCAGUGGCCCUCUGAUGACGCAGCCAGCGGCAGCGCCAGCGAGGCGUCGUUCGCGCACACCUACCCGCCCACCCCCGUGCCUAGCACGCCGCUGGGCUCCCGCAGCAGCGUGGCGGGCAGCGCGUUCGGUGGCCGCGCCGGCGGCCGCAGCCGCGGCGACACUGUCACCGUCUCCGCCGCGUCGAGCGUGAAGGACGCGGCGGGUGCGGUGGCUAAGGUGCUGGAGCGCCAGGGCAGCUGCCUGCUCGUAGCACUCAAGCGCGCCGGCGAGGGUGGCCCCUGCGGCGCGACGCACGUGGCCGCAAAGACGCUCGCCGUGAGCCGCUUUUACGUCAACGCUCGCAUGGGCGCCGCGGGCGCGGCCGGCGGCGCCGCGGCGCGCGCUCUGGUCGCAGCUGCUGAGGGGCGCUCCGGCGGCGCGGCCGCCGCCGUCGCCUCGGACGACGGCGCAGCUUCCACACUCGGCAAGGAGGAGGUUACGUUCGUGCCUUUCCAGCGCUCUGGCCGCCCUCAGGAUGCCGACUCCCUCGGCUUUGUGGUUUUCAAGGUCAAGGCCGACAACCUGCCCAUGGACCUGCCUCCGCCCGUCGGCCAGCCCUCUGCUCUCGCUGCGGCGCGCGGCGACCAGCAGCAGCAGCCGUCCGCGGAGGGUGACCAGCACCAGCAGCAGCAGCAGCAGCAGGAGCCGCCGCUUCUCAAGGCCGGCGCGGGCACAGACGUGAACAAGCUCUCCAACGCCGUCAUCCGCAACGUGCUGGAGUGGGGCCGCGUUUCGCUGCAGCUCGCCGGCCCGGCCGCGUGCCACGCCGCGAUGCAGGCGCUGGCCAAGGCGCGUGCGCGGCUUGCCAAGAAGUUCUCGGUGUCCAUCGCGGUCGCGUCGGCCUUCAGCACGGAGGACACCUCGGGCGCCCUCGGUCGCGCGACGGUGUUCUACCGGCUUGACGUGCUGCGCGUGAUCGGUGCCGCCGCCGAGGCCGCGGCGGCGGGGUGGAGCGCGGCCGGCCUGCUCGGCUCCGACGCAGACGGCUGCACGCUGUCGGUGCCUGGGGACGGCGCGAGCAGCUGCGGCGGAUGGUGA